ACGCUAGUGAACGUUGUCUUGAGCGCAGUUUGUCGUUGUCGUUUGUCGCAGUAACAACGUCUCAACGUGCGCAUUUUGUGUGUAGCCCGAGAUUCUCGUCCAGAGUUCGUGUGUGUGCGUGUGUGUGAGUGAGAGUGUGAGUGUAUUGUCGGCUACUGCUGUCUCCUUCCCGUUUGCUGUGCGCCGACGGACGCGCUGCUUGCUUAAUUAUUAUACACGUAUUUUUUUCGAGUUGUUUUUUUCUGUGUCGCUGCCGCCGCCAGCAAGAAACUGGUUGCUGUGGAAUAAGAAGCAACCAGCAGAAGCUAGCAAAGCAGCUAGCUGUGAAAAAAGAGGCGCAAGAAGAAGCACAGAACGCAGAGAGAAGAGCUGGCCAAAGAACGACCGCAAUAACAAAAACAACAACCACUAAACAACUGUAUUUUUGUGUUGCUGAAUAAUUUGUUGUACAGCAAAUCGCCAAAGCCACAAAAACAACAAACGAAAAACGACAACAGUAACAAACAGCUGUAAGAAGAAGAAGUAACAGUUUCAAAUCAAAAAUACGCAAGGACCAAGGAGAGUUAACGCAAUGCCCUGCUCCGCCGUAACGCUAUCAAUAGCGACAAUCUGCGCGAUUAUCGCGACAGCUCUGCUCGCGAUCGCCUUCUCCACAGACAAUUGGCUGCACUAUGAAGUCAGACGUAAUCAGAUACAGGCCUUCUCCGCUAAGCAUUCCGAUGCCGAAUCACUGCUGCAUAAUCUGAAUGUGAAGUACUAUUACUAUACGAGAACUCGUGGACUAUUCCGCAUCUGCUAUCCCAAGGAGCGACCACCGGCAACUGCAGUGCCAACUUAUCUGUCACCCAUUGAAACCCACUGCUCGAACAUUGAUUACUUUCCGCAAGUGGAGGAUGAUAAGAUCUCCAAUGAGGAUGCCACAUCACGUCUACAUUUGGCACGCUCCUGCAUUGCGCUCUUCAUUUUGAGCUUUGUCACUAUCUUUUGUGCUUUCUGGACGGGACUCUCUGGUUGUUGGAAACGUUCCUCUGGCGCCAUUACAGCCACUUCGAUACUGCUCUUGGUCACUUGUCUGUUAGCAGCUGGCGCCAUGGGACUUUGGCAUACGGUUGAGUUCUUUGAAAAGGAGAAAGUUGUCGGCGAGGAUUACUUCCAGCAAUGGAAUACGGUGCUGCGUGACAAUACAAAGAUUGUCUAUGAUUGGUCCUAUAUUGUGGCCUGGACCGGCAUUGGCACUUGUCUACUGUCUGCCAUCUUGCUAUCCGGUGCUGCUGUCUGUCUGCGCAAUGAGCGCGAGAAGGAGGAGCAACUGAAUCUGCAGUAUCUUAUGCCUGUUUACUCGCAAAAGCAGCCACCUUAUCCUCCCUAUGCCAACUAUGCUCAGCCUCAAAUAUAUCCGGGUCCCUAUUACCAUGGCUCACAAUACGGACCGUACAACUAUUAACUGGCGUAACGAACGUGCAUAACGAACGCGAAAGCGAAUCAACGCAAUCAAUAAAAAUAAUUAUCAUUUGGGAGCUCACCACAAUCAAAACAAAAAAGACAUAUGAUUAAUAAUAUUUAAGCAGUGCAAGCAUUAGUGGUUAAGGUCGACUCUCUCCCAGUUUUCAACGGUCACCUUUGCCGUAUGCAGAGCUUGUCCGGUUCUAAAGCUUCCCUUGCAUACACAAAAUAAACAACAAAAAACACACAUGCGCAUACACAUUUGUAAUACAAUUUUAAAUUUAAAUAUUUUUUUUUUGACAAAAUGUAGCUUGUAAUUUUUUUUAGCACCGUAAUAAUAACAUUAGUUUGUCUUGAGUCAAAAUGCGUCAAAGUUUUUGGAGUGCGAUAUGUUUCUGCAAAUAAUCAUAGAACAUAAAACAAAAA